ACACUCUUCUCCUACGCUUUCCGCUCGUCUCCUCCCUCUCCCUUUCUGUUGGGAUACGCUGCACCCCUAUUCCAGCGCCACCCACAAUCCCCUGAAACCACCAAAUCUUCACCAUUUCUCUUCGUUUCUAAAUCUCCCUUACCCACAAACCACGAAGAUGUCGUCGGAAAACCACCUUCUGUUCCUCCCGCAAGCUUCUCAUUCUUCUGUUCUAAACUUUGAAGUAGCGACCUGUGUUUUGCUCCUUGCCAUCGUGUUUUCUUUCUGGCUCGCACCAGGCGGUCUUGCUUGGGCUCUUUCCAAGGCCAAGUCCCGAAUAGCAAUACCAGGACCAUCUGGUUUUCCUCUCGUGGGUCUACUGUUUGCCUUCACAGGCUCAACGACCCAUCGAGUUCUUGCUAAGCUUGCACAAUGCCUCAAUGCCAAACCACUUAUGGCCUUCUCCGUUGGAUUCACUCGUUUCAUCAUCUCUAGCCACCCGGAAACAGCUAAGGAAAUUCUGAACAGCUCUGCUUUCGCCGACAGGCCAGUGAAGGAAUCGGCCUACGAGCUUCUCUUCCACCGGGCAAUGGGUUUUGCUCCGUACGGUGAGUACUGGAGAAAUUUGAGGAGGAUCUCGGCUACCCAUAUGUUCAGUCCAAAGAGGAUCGCUGGUUUCGGGUCUUUUAGGAGGGAAAUCGGUUCGAGAAUAGUGGAGGAGAUACGGGAUAUGAUGGUGAAGAACGGGAUGGUUGAGGUGAAGAAAGUGUUGCAUUUUGGUUCUCUGAACAAUGUGAUGAUGAGUGUUUUUGGGAGGACUUAUGACUUCAAGGAAGGUGGAGAUGGGUUUGAGCUUGAAGGGUUGGUUAGUGAAGGGUACGAGUUGCUCGGGAUUUUUAACUGGAGUGAUCACUUUCCUGUGCUGGGUUUGUUGGACUUGCAGGGCGUAAGGAAGAGAUGCAGAAGGUUGGUUACUAAGGUCAAUGCUUUUGUUAAGAACAUCAUAGAGGAACAUAGGAGGAGGAGGGUUAACGGAGCUCUAGACGACGAAAGUGACAGAAAUUUCGUCGACGUCUUGCUUGAUUUGGAGAAAGAAGACAGGCUCAAUGACUCUGACAUGAUUGCCGUUCUCUGGGAAAUGAUAUUCAGAGGGACUGAUACAGUAGCAAUUCUCCUGGAGUGGAUUUUAGCACGAAUGUUAAUGCACCCAGAUAUCCAAGCCAAAGCCCAAUCAGAGAUCGAUGCUGUUGUGGGAGCCACCCGAUCCGUUUCAGAUUCUGAUCUUCCUAACCUGCCUUACCUCCAAGCCAUAGUGAAGGAAUCUCUCAGGAUGCACCCUCCAGGUCCCCUCCUCUCCUGGGCCCGGCUCGCCGUCCACGAUGUCCACAUCGGUGAGUUUUUCAUCCCCGCAGGAACAACAGCCAUGGUGAAUAUGUGGGCAAUAACCCACGACGAAGGAAUCUGGUCGGAGCCGGCUGAGUUCAAGCCCGAGAGGUUUAUGAAGGAAGAAGUGAGCAUUAUGGGGUCUGACUUGAGGUUGGCUCCCUUCGGCUCCGGGAGGAGGGUCUGUCCCGGCAAGGCUAUGGGAUUGGCUACUGUUCAACUCUGGCUUGCUCAGUUGCUUCAGAGCUUCAAAUGGGCUCCUUCUGAUAAUGGGGUCGAUCUGUCAGAGUGCUUGAAGCUUUCUCUUGAAAUGAAGAACCCAUUGGUCUGUGUAGCUGUGUCAAGGCUUGCUUGAAAGAUGGUGUGGAGUGGUUUCUGCUAUGAAGAAUGAAGGAAUGAAUGGCUGGCCCAAUUUGGUGGAUUCACAUAAACAGUUUUAGGGUAGAUAAUUAGGCUAGCACAACUUAGAGAGCCUUAGUUUGGGUUAUGAUGCUUUUAGGGUUUUUAAGUAGUUGGAGUACCAGCUGUCUUUUUCCUGUUCUUUUUUGUGAGGAAGAUGGUUUUUUAACGGUUGAACUGUUGGUUCAUCAGUUGUAUACUGCUGCACUGGUCUGUGUUCAUAUUCUGAAAUUCUAUGUGAUGUAUCCUGCUUUUCAUAUGAUAUAAAUAGGAAAAAUUAUAUUCAGAGCUA